GUGAAGGACUGUCGUCAGCUCCCUCAUGCCGGUACUCUCCGAGGCAACAAGGCGGCGCAGUUUGCUGGCUCCAAAAAGCCAACCGAUUUGAUCGCGAGGGAAGUCGGCUGACUCGAUUUUGUGUCACCAGCUGCUCAGCUUUUGUUUUCUGCGCGCAUUUUUGACAUCAUAUCUGGAACUUUAUUUUCUCUUAGCUAACGGCAGCUUCGGCGUGGGCGUGGCUUCAGGCUUUCCCCGAUUGCUAAUUGUAGGCACGGCUGGUCACCUGAGCGGCUGCUCGCUCACUGGGACAAAAGAGGGAGCUCAGACUUUCUGAUCGCCGUCAAGUCGCGUGAGAUAACCAGCUUCUCAUCACGCGGGUCGCGGGCGUGCUGGAGCCUAUCCCAGCUAUCUUCGGGCGAGAGGCGGGGUACACCCUGAACCAUACCACCGACAACCACUCGCACUCACAUUCACACCUACGGGCAAUUUAGAGUGUUCCAUUAAUGCAUGUUUUUGGGAUGUGGGACGAAACCGGAGUGCCCAGAAAAAAACCCACGCAGGCACGGACGGAGAGAACAUGCAAACUCCACAAGGCGAACCCCGGUCCUCAGAACUCACAAGCAGUGACGUCCAUCUUGACCCGUGCGUGGACGUGGACGUGGAUUCAGUGCAACAUCAUGUUACUUCCUACCAAGAGCGACAGGAUCAUAACGGACCUGCCCAAGUGCUUCAGUCCAAAGGCGGCGCUGCAGACCAAAGAGGUUUUCCAUACUCAGGUGCAGGCCGCGUGUCAGACACACAGGGAAGAUGCUGUCAGCUUCAACGUCGCCAAAGUCAUUGUCGUGGGCGACGUCUCGGUUGGAAAAACUUGUUUGGUCAGCAGAUUCUGCACGGGCGCCUUCGACAAGAACUACAAAGCCACCAUUGGUGUCGACUUUGACAUGGAACGCUUCCAGGUGCUCGGGGUGCCCUUCAGCCUGCAGCUGUGGGACACUGCGGGGCAAGAGCGCUUCAAGUGCAUCGCCUCCACGUACUACCGAGGCGCUCAAGCCAUCAUUGUGGUCUUCGACUUGAGCAGAGGGAGCUCCUUAGUGCACGCCAGGCAGUGGCUGGAGGAUGCCCUGAAGGAGAACGACCCCUCCGGUGUUCUUCUCUUCCUUGUGGGCACCAAGAAGGACCUCAGCUCUCCAGAGGAGCUGGCUCAGGUGGAACAGGGAGCCGUUCGAAUGUCAGAGGAACUCAGGGCCGAGUACUGGGCUGUGUCGGCAAAGUCGGGUGUGGCGCAUUCGAGCUCAUAUGUUAAAAACGGCUACAUUUACACGUUAAGACAUAUGGAUAACAUACAAACAAACAAACAUGAUUCCGUGUCCACCACAGGAGAUGGUGUGAGAGAUUUCUUCUUCCGCGUGGCCUCUUUGACCUUCGAGGCCAACGUUCUGUCCGAGCUGGAAAAACAACACGGGAACACCGCCGACAUCAUCAGUGAGUCGCCGUUGCACUUCAUCGAUGACUUGACAGAAAUAUGUGCACGCUCCCAUGUCCAGAUGACGACUAUUUGUUUGGAAUGUCGACUUUUGGUUGGGACGUUUCUUUUUUCUACUGCCAUAACGAUGUGACGGUUGUUGUAUUAUAAGAGAUCUCGGGCAGGCCGGAGGACGAGCGCAAGCCGGCCAAGAGGAAGUCCGACUGCUGCUGAUGUGACAAUCUGGGAUCACCGCAUACGUUAGCACGUCGCUCCAGGAGAAGACGCAUGGGUCGAGCUGGCGUGGAAAUAAAAAGUUGCCAAAGGAC